AAACAUGCCGUCCUGGAGAGCUUCGACCAGUUGCAGGUUCCACGAGAUACAUUGCGCAAUCAACCCCCACGAUAACCGAAUUCCAGCCCCCCAGUCAGCAUUGCAUUAUCACCAAGCCGCCUCCUCACAACCGCAACGCCAUAAACGGUCUGUAGAUAAGCCGUGCCCUUUGACGAAGAUAAAAUGAAUAUGAAGCCAGGAUGGGGGCUGUUUUGUUGCCGACCAUCCGCACCAACCAUUGUCGGUCAUGUCUUCCUCCUCGAUCUCUCCCAGCGCCGAGGCGGUCCCUCAACCAACGGGUGAGAAGACUGAAUUAACAGCGAUAGCGUCUCCUGUGAGAGAAAAAUAUGUUGGGGCGGACCACCUUCACCUUGUGCCUCGUACCGAGGUGUUGCCUGAGUACGAUGAUUCUCAGAGCCAGAUCACGGGCUACGACCCUACCCUCAUGAGGGCUCGAGCGACACUGACUAGCGACGAGGAAAAGAAGCUCAUCAGACGGAUUGAUUGGCAUCUUCUUCCGCUCCUGGCUGUGAUGUACAUGGUUAAAACCAUUGAUGCCUCGAAUGUUUCAAACGCGCGCAUCAUGGACCGAGGCACACCCAGAAACAUCAUGACUGAGCUCCACAUGACUCCAGAUCAAUACAAUUGGGUGGCUACUGCGUACUAUGUCCCCUACAUUAUCGCCGAAACGCCCUCGAAUCUAUUGGUGAAGUACUUGCGACCGUCGGUGUGGCAAGCGCGAAUCAUGAUUUCUUGGGGCCUCGUUCUCUGUUGCCACGCCGCCCUCACAAAUGCGGGUGGCCUCUACGUCGUCCGAGCCUUUCUCGGGCUUUUCGAGGCCGGUCUCUGGCCAGGAAUCCUUCUGCAACUCUGUUACUGGUAUCGCCCCGACGAAUUGGCCCCUCGCAUAGUUAUUGUCACGCUGCUUGGGAACUUUAGCUCUGUGGUUAGCGGAGUUCUCGCCUUUGCCUUCGACGGUGUCUAUGCAAAGGGUCUGUCUGGUUGGAAAUGGCUUAUCUUGACCGAAGGGGUGUUCACCAUCUUACUGGGAAUUGCCGUCUACUUCUUCCUACCCGACUUUCCUACCACCGUAUCCUGGAUGUCCGACAAGGAGAAGGCCUUCAUUGAAGCUCGCCUGCCCAUCAACGCGCCUCGAUCUGCGGAGAAAGACUUUGACUUGAAGGAGUUCAUCACGACUCUGAAAAACAAGGAGCUCUGGCUAUUCCUGCUCUGCUGGGCAUUCUACACAGUCGGCACCACCGGUCUCCAGUUCUACCAGCCUACCGUCAUCGCCAAUCUGGGAUUCACCACGAUGGCGAAGGCCCAGCUGCUCAACAUUCCACCGGCCAUCUUUUCCAUGGCACUGACCAUCGCCUUCGGCAUCUUCGCCGACACGGGACGGAUCCCCCAGCCGGCAAUCCCACUAGGCUUCAUGAUCGUGAUCGAGGCCUGCUACGUCGUUCUAUACACAUUCCCGAACACCGGGGGCGUAUACGCAGCGACCAUCAUCGCAGGCGGCUUCUCGACAGCCUGGUACACGAUGAUGUGGCCCUGGCGCGUACAAACAACCGAAGGGGCGACAGGCUCCGCCUUCGCCAUCGCCUUCGCCAACAGCUACGGGCAGAUCGGCGGGGCGAUCGGGCCGCACCUGUUCGACUCCAAGUUCGCGCCGCGCUACACCACCUCGUUCGGCAUCGCCAUGGGUCUCGUGGGCGCGGCCAUCGUCAUGAACGUCAUCACGUGGACCGUCACGUACCGCGUCGACGUCGACACGAGGAGGCUCAAGAGGGCCAGGAUCGCGGCCGCGAAGAGGGAUGAGGCUGUUCUGGAUGAUGUUGAUAUCCAUGCUAAGGAGAAGGCGAGGGAGGUUUGA